AUGGUGCCGAGUCCAGACACCGAAGUGGAGGGAGUAACGACAUUUUCGACGUCGCCCGCGACAUCUUAUCGCUACGUCCUCCAGCUGAAAAGCGACAAAUUGAGUAUUUGGAUGGAGGAUCGAACCAGCAAGAAGCAGUGGAGCAAGAGCGGGAUGACCAAAGCGGACUACUUGACAUCAGAUAACACAAUCUCGGAUGCAUCUGCGAUAGACUACGUGAAGUUCUUCCAGGACGCACUAGAAGGUGACCUGGACGAGUCGGGCGAUGUCCAGCGAACAUUUGAUGUGCUGAGUGGAGAUGCUCCCAAACUGGUAAUUAGUGUCAAAGUCCGAAUCCUUCGCUCGGUGAGAGUGGCAAAGUACGCGUUUGUCCUGGACGCAGUAGCAGUGGAACGAAUUGAUGUGCUGGAAUCCAAGCUGCGUGAUCAGCAGGAGGAACUAGACCGGCUCCGGAAACAGAUUGGCGACGGGCACAUGCAACUCGAAGCAUCAGCGACAGACCUCAAUACUUAUAAAAUGCUGUGGAGUGAUACCGAUUCGGACAGUUUUUCCGUGAAUCAACGAACUGGUGACGUGUCGUUUCGACGACCUGGCGUUUACAGCAUUACUGCUACGGUGAAUCUUAUUGCAGACGCGUAUGGGAAUUCAUCUGUUUCGGUCUCGGUGAUGAAGAACCAGGCGUGCAUUUAUUCGAGCACUGGUUCGAAUUACGGCAUGUUCGUGACCGCUAGCACCAUUUCCAGGUUUAGUGCAGACGACGUCCUGGCCGUUACAUUACCCAGCUGCAAUUGUGGCACUUCGUAUCUCUACGUCGUGCAAACCGGAAAUUGA